AUGCUGGGACUGGUUGAACCUGCUAUCCCGAAGCAGGACACAGUCAUGAGAGAAGCCAUCCCAGCCAAGCUUCGCCUAGCUCUCAUCCUGAGAUAUCUUGCCACCGUGAGAGACUUUGGCGGUCAAGAGUUCACUGACGCCGUCCUCGAAUACAUACCCUACGUCAUCUACAACUGGAGCGAGAAUAACGAAUCCGAGAACACCAUGAGCAUCGGUCGAACUGGGUUCGAGACUCGAGUCUUGUUCGCGGUUUCCGAGAAACUCAACUUCACCUAUCGGUUGAUGGAAAGCCCGGAGCAGAUAUGGGGACUCCAAUGGGACGAGAAUGGAAAAGGAAUCGGCCUCAUCGCGACGGUUCUCGAUGGCCGUGCCGAUGUUGCCAUGUCGGCCCUUUUCCAAACGGAAGAAAGCGAACGAUACUCGCACUUUUCUCGUCCUAUAAGAUCAGAUUGCUUGAGCAUCAUGACUCGACCAAGUUCCACCAUACCUUUAUGGACGUCCGUUUUUAAACCCUUCCAGCUUCUGGUGUGGGGUUUGCUCUUUCUAAGCUGCAUCGUCACGGGCACAGUGAUGCAUUUUCUUAAUAACGCUUGA